UUCCUGAAGAGACAAUGAGGGAUGCUUCCCACCUCCAGAUCCUGCUCCUGGUGGUGCUAGGGGCCAGGAUGCAGGAGUGUGCAGCUUGUGGGCAGCCCCGUAUGUCCAGUCGGAUCGUUGGGGGCCGGGAUGCUCAGGAUGGAGAGUGGCCGUGGCAAACAAGCAUUCAGCACCGUGGAGCGCAUGUGUGCGGAGGGUCACUCAUUGCACCCCAGUGGGUGUUGACGGCAGGUCACUGCUUCUCCAGGCGGGUCCUGCCAUCAGAGUACAGUGUGCUCCUCGGGGCGCUGAGUCUGGAUGUCACAUCAUCCCAUGAACUCUUGGUUCCUGUGCUGCGGGUGCUGCUGCCUCCUGACUACUCUGAGGAUGAGGCCCGUGGUGACCUGGCACUGCUGCAGCUGAGUCACCCAGUGUCCCUGAGUGCCCGCAUCCAGCCUGUCUGCCUGCCUGCACCGGGGUCCCAUCCACCACCAGGGUCUCCAUGCUGGGUCACUGGCUGGGGUAGCCUUAGCCCAGGAGUACCACUCCCAAAGGGGAGACCCCUGCAAGGAGUGAGGGUGCCACUGCUGGACUCUCGAGCCUGUGACCGCCUCUACCACAUGGGUGCCAACGUGCCCAAGGGUGAGCGCAUAGUGCUACCAGGAAACCUGUGUGCUGGCUACCGCAGAGGCCACAAGGAUGCCUGCCAGGGUGACUCUGGAGGACCCCUGACCUGUAUCGAGUCUGGACGCUGGGUCCUGGUGGGUGUGGUGAGCUGGGGCAAGGGCUGUGCCCUGCCCAACCGUCCAGGUGUCUAUACCAACGUGGCCAAGUAUAGUCCCUGGAUCCAGGCUUGCCUGAGCCUCUGAUGCUGGUGGGUUUGAUGAUGUGAAUUUAGAGCUUCCUGGCCCAUCCCAUGCUCCCCUUUCUUAUAGGAAAGACGCUCGGAGUCCAUCUCCUAUCCCCUUCCCCCCUUUCCUCCUGCAGGGCCGUCUUCUGUCACUCAGGGAUUUUCUGUGAGUGCCCUGCAGUCACAUUCUGCCUUCUCCUUUUGGCGAGGAUUUGGCUUGUCUGGCCUGUAUGCCCUUUGUUUCGUGGAGGUAGAUUUGAACCCUAACAGGAACUCUCCACCAGGGAGAAUCUCCUUUGCUGAUUGUGAAGGUGAAGGGGGCCAGUCGCUGACUGACAGCCAAUGGGGAGAGAGAAGUCUGUGACCACCAGGAACCUCUUUCUGCCAACACCCCAGAGUCUGGAUAUAGUCUCCCCCAACCCUCGUCUUCUAAGCCCUCAACAGAGGACACAACUGAGCUGCCCAAGCUUUUAAUCCAUAAAUUUUUAGAUUUAAUAAA